AUGGACUAGUCUGUCCAGUUGUCAUCGGUAGACGCGGUGAGGCGGUCCUGAAUAGUGUUCUAUAAAGUGUUUAGCUAGCUUUGUUGUUUUAUUCGUUAAAAUACUUGGGAUCAUAUUUUCUGGCAGACACUAUGGCUUCUACAGAUGUUGCUCGGCAGCCGGAAAAAGCAGUCAGGCCUCUGUCUCUAGCAGGGCAUGUGGGCUUUGACAGCCUCCCAGACCAGCUUGUGAACAAGUCCACUUACCAAGGCUUCUGCUUCAACAUCCUUUGCAUAGGUGAAACUGGUAUUGGAAAGUCUACCCUGAUGGACACUCUUUUUAAUACCAACUUUGAGAACUUUGAGUCAUCUCACUUCGAACCUCAGGUGAAGCUGCGGGCUCAGACCUACGACCUACAGGAGAGUAACGUCAGACUCCGGCUCACCGUGGUCAACACAGUUGGCUUUGGGGAUCAAAUGAACAAGCAGGAGAGCUAUCAGCCGGUGGUGGACUACAUCGACAAGCAGUUUGAGAGUUAUCUGCAGGAGGAGCUCAAAAUCAAGCGCUCUCUUCACAACUACCACGACUCACGAGUCCAUGCUUGCCUGUAUUUCAUCUCCCCCUCAGGACAUUCUCUUAAGUCCCUGGACCUGGUCACAAUGAAAAAACUUGACAGCAAGGUGAACAUCAUCCCAGUGAUCGCCAAAGCCGACACCAUCAGCAAGUCAGAGCUGCACAAGUUCAAGAUCAAAAUCAUGAGCGAGCUGGUCAGCAAUGGUGUUCAGAUCUACCAGUUUCCCCUGGACGAUGAAACUGUCGCCAAGGUCAACACUACAAUGAAUGGUCAUUUGCCGUUUGCAGUCGUCGGCAGCACAGAGGAAGUCUCUGUCGGAAAUAAGAUGGUGAAGGCUCGUCAGUAUCCCUGGGGCGUCGUUCAAGUUGAGAAUGAGAACCAUUGCGACUUUGUCAAACUGCGGGAGAUGCUCAUCUGCGUGAACAUGGAGGACCUGAGAGAGCAGACGCACACUCGCCAUUACGAGCUCUACAGACGCUGCAAACUGGAGGAAAUGGGCUUCAAAGACACAGACCCUGAGUGCAAACCCGUCAGUCUGCAGCAGACGUAUGAGGCCAAGCGUCAGGAGUUCCUGGUGGAGCUGCAGAAGAGAGAGGAUGAGAUGAGGCAGAUGUUUGUGCAGAGGGUGAAGGAGAAGGAGUCUGAGCUGAAAGAGGCUGAGAGAGAGCUGCAAAGUCGCUUCGAGCAGCUGAAGCGUCUCCAUGCGGACGAGAAGGCAGCACUGGAAGAUAAGAAGAGGCUCCUGGAAGAGGAUCUGAGUUCCUUCGGCAAGAGGCGAGCUGCCGCCCAGCUGCUGCAGGCCCAGAGUCUCACUGCCAACGGCAAGAAGGACAAAGACCGCAAGAAUUCUGGCUUCAUGUGAAGACUUUGGGAUCUGAAAUAAACCUUCACUUUGACCAGUAUAACCAGUGACUUUCUUCCCAUCCCCCAUGCCCUCUGUGGUCACUAUCAAACACUAACCAAGGCACCCCCCUCCCCACAGACACACUCACACCAGCAGUGAGUGUGUGAGAGUUUGAUCUUUUGCCAAAGUUAAAUAACUGUCGCUAUGAAUCCUGUGUAAACUUUUUCCUAGGUAUUUUAUAUCUUCUUUAUGGCUUUUAUACAUCUGUGUUAUAUUUUAUAUUUAUCCUUUUCCGUAUCAUGAAAUACAUUUUCCAUGUACUCCUCCUCUUUUUAAAACCUCAUUGUACUGAUCCUCACACAGCCCUCACUGGAGGUGCUGUGUAUUGAACAAAGGGCUUGGACGGGUACAAACAAGACGUGAUAAGGGACUUCUAGCAUUUAAUCUGUAUUACACAUCUUUGGUUUGUAUUAUAAUCACUCUUAAUGCUUUCUAAUGUGAUCAUGUGGCUUUGCUAGUGAGAGUCACAUCUGUAACAUGCUUGCAGUUAUAUUUAAACCUAUUUUCAGACAACUAUUUUAUGAUGAGACCUUAGUUUCAACAUCUGAAGAAAUGCUUGAAUCUCUCAUAAAGAGAAAAGGACCUUCAGGCAUUCCCACAUUUGCAAUCUGAACAAGUUGCCAUACAUUUUAAUUCAUGCCAAACACACCAGCAAAAGAAGACUCUGACACAACAAGCUGCAACAUAACGCCUCGUUGUUUUCAACUACAUCUUAGAUUGUUCGAUUGAAAUAAAAAGAAAGCUGAAUUUUUAAUGAGACAUGAUAAACUCUGUAAGGAAAUCCACAGGAUUGGCAAAGGCGAGCAGGUCAUUUAAAAACCACAGAGAUAAACAAUCAACAAUUUAUCCUCUUAUUAUUUAUUCAGCUCACAGCUGUUCUUGAGCAGAGCCGCUGCUGCAGAUUGGAGGGAAUUCAUUGAAUAAAUCUGGAGCAAAAGCCAGCAGUGUAACCGGACUGUGUCAUACAGCGUGUCUGAAAAGGGGCUUAAGAGAUGAUUUGUGGAGACUGAUGUGCGUUCACCAUGAAGAGUUGUCACAAGCAUUAAGGAUGUCCACAUGGCUUUAUACUGUCAUAUCUCUGUACUGUUUUUUUCACACUUCCUCUGUGCUUUUAUGAAGAGCUCACCAGCGUUACAGAAACAUACAGGAGCCACUGUUAGACCUCUGAUGUUUUUCCAUAGGGAAACAGUUUACCAUGCGGCUGAAGGUACAUGUUACAGCAUAUAUUCAUAUAGACAUUUUACUCAUAUCUUUAUUUUUGACACUUGUUUUUAAUGCAUUCUAACGUGUUGAAAAGAAAUGCAUUCUGUACUAUCUGUGUCGUUUGAAGGAGAAGUGAGGAUGGCUUUGUCAUUUUCAGUGUUAGGCUUUCUUCACCUCUUUCCAGGGGGAUGAUGAGAUGUGGUGUCACACCUCGGAGCAUUUUAAAGAACAGUACAGAGCAAACCAGCACACUGUGCUGCUGCUAUCCACUGAAGUGAUUUGUAAACAAACAUGUACUCACAAACACUGCCACUUUAUACACUUACACUAGUGCUCAUCACAUGUUAGUGCCUUAUCUGUGUGAAGCUUGCUUAGAAAACACACUCCUCACUAAACGUUGACUUCCAGGGAAACACACUGAUGCCUGAUGGAAGUGUUGAAGAAACAUUUGUACCACACGUAUAUUUAAGGACUAAACAGUGUUAUUUGGGAGCUUUUUUCCAGUCUUUCUGAAUAAAUCUUUGUAUUUUUGUCAUGAUA